AAAGCGGUGCGAUAGACGCUACUGCUUGAACCGUCCGCGACGCCAACGGAUCUAGUGAAGGUAGCUCGGCGGCUGUCCGUGUUGAAUUGGCCAAUUUCUAUCGCGGUCCAGAGGAUUUAAACAUGCGUUUCGGUCUUGAGGAUUGGUGCUAAAUGCGUACCAUUUCAACGAAUGUCAUCCGUAAAUAACUGGAUCCCGGGUGUAAGGAGGAGUGUGCGGCCCAUGUUGCUCUAGGAGCGUAUGUGUGUGUGUGUGUGUGCGAGUGUGUGUGUGCGUGAGAGUGCGUGUGUGUGAGAUGCUGGCCUGUCUGCCAGGGCCAGGUGAUCUCUCCCUUCAGCUCCACCCCCACUCGCAGAUGAACACUGGACUUCAGAAAUGGGACACUACACAAAGGAUGAGAUCUGCUCAGUAUCCAACCCCUGCGGAAUUGGAUGCUUAUGCUAAAAAAGUUGCCAACAAUCCACUCACCAUCAAGAUCUUCCCCAACAGCGUCAAGGUCCCUCAGCGGAACCACGUUCGCCGUACUGUCAACGGCCUGGACACCGCUGGUCCCCGAUACAGCCCCUACCCCUCCCCUCAGGCCACUGCCAAGAGCGGCCUCCUUGCCGUCGUCAAAGUGCCCCUGGUCAAGGGUAUCAUCAAGGACUUUGACGGUAGACGGGCACGUCUACACCCAGAGGUGAUUAUGAAUGCCACAGGCGCCCCAUAUGCAGCGACCUCGGCCAGCACUUUAAAUUUGCACCACCCGUCGCAGGGUCCUCCCAGAGCAUCCCAGAAUCCCCAGGGACUUCCUCCACACCCUCAGAAUCUCCAGACUUUGCAGCAGCAGCAAUCUGUACAUCCACACCAAGGACUCAGACACCCACCUGCCGCCUCCAUGCCGCAGCAACCACAGGGUCUUCCAAGGCCCCAGACUCUUUCCUACGCCGCUUCUUUAGGCCAUUCAGGCCCCCACCCUCCUUCAGCCAUUCUGCUUCCUCAGCAGCACCUCCAAAACCCACCACCAAGCCUGCAGGUAGGCGCUAGGAAGCUGCCAGUUGCAGAUGCCCCUCCUAAUGUGACUGUUUCUACCUCAACCAUUCCGUUGUCCAUGGCCGGAGGCGUCCACCAGGGUCGCCAGGCUGAUUUGAACAGCAUAGUGCACCAGAUAAACCAGUUCUGCCAGGCUAGAGCUCAGGGCCCUGGUGGUACAUCAAUGUGUGAAGGGCAGAUCGCGAACCCCAGUCCCAUUAGUCGAAAUCUACUCAUCCACGCCAGGAUGCAAGUCUCGGUGCACGGGGGUAACCCUAGCGCACCUCAUACCGGUCUCAUGCACCCAUCCUGUGCUCUCGGACCUCCAGAUAAAGCGACUGCGUCUGCACCGGUGAGUGCAAUGCCACCACAUAACAUGGGGGCAAUGAACCACAUGUAUCACAACGAUAUGAAACAACAGCAUCAACAACAUCUACAGUAUCACCAACAUCAGCCACAGUGUAAUCCUCAGAUGAGGUCAUGGAAUCAGCAUCAGCUAGCUCACCUCCAGCACAUCCCUGAGGGGGGCGGACACCCCUGCAAACCCCCACCUCAUGACACUGGCCUCCCCUGUAAGGGCAUUAACUAUCCCCCAGAGAUGAGCAUGGGGCAGCCUUAUGCCAUGAAGCCCUCCUCUCCUUCCCCCCCACUUGCCAACAAUAACAGCAACAAUGCAAUGCCCCCAGGCGCGGUGACGCACUAUAACAACGGCCAUUACUACCACCAGCCGUCGGUGUGGGGUAGCAUUCUUCCCACGCCCAACAGCGACAGUUCCAACUCACAGGACCUCCCCGUGCCCUUCCAUGGUCCUGCAGGCACUGGCACGGGCAAUACCAACCCCACCCCAGGGAUGGACUGCGCCCCCACAGGAGGAGCGGCCCAUUACCGAUUAGUAGGGGGUGCCUUAUUAGGGCAGACGAAUCUGAUGCAACCAGCAGAUUGCAUGGGAGCAGAUUUCCAGACGCCCUGCUUCCGAGAUCAGAAUCUGAUCCUGAUGGGGAAGAUGCACAGGCCACCCCCUAUGGGUCGGGUAGUGGUCCCCCCCUCCGAGUUGCAAGGCCAGCACCCAGGGUACAGAUAAGCUUCAGCCCACAAGCCUCAGACACAGUUUCUCUCCUCAGUGAAGUCAGCCAACACACACUCGUGUCAUCUUCUGUUAGUCUUAACAAUAGAACUGAACAAAUGAAAUGAGCUCUUAUCGAUGAAAUGAAAACUCAAGGAUGAUCGUUAAUUCAACAAGCGAAACCAAUACAAACCUACAAAUACAAAAGAGCAGUGUUUCUGAGAUAUUCUGUGUUAUUAAUCUUGCAAGUGAUCAAUUUUUGUUUUGUUUAUUUUGAGAGUGCUUUUACUGAAGGGAAUUGUUUUAUCAUUUAUUAUAAUUUUCUACUUCUCUCUCAGCAAAUCCUAGUACCUGGAUCUGAGGUGUUAUAUAUGAACAUAUUUCUGUUUCAUUCAACCUCCUUUCAUUUGAGCGCUCUUUGUUUUAGUCCUGACCUAUAACGUCCAGAUGGCAAAUAAGCACAUACGUCUUCAUCAUAACACUAUCUUUGUUCUUUAUUUUUGCAGUCCUCAAACUAUGGGGGAACAUGUCAGUUAGUCCCUUAAUAUUUUGGGACCGUAGCUAAAAGCUCCUAGCAUGUGUUCCUGUACAAAAGGAACCCUAUUUGUCACACUGUAUGCAUUGGAAAUGUAUAUAAUAGUGUCUCAAAUCUAUGUAGUCUCUACCUGUGAGCUGUUGUUUGCUUGUAAAGGGUUCAAACAGCUUGUUUUUUCAGACAAAAACAUUGAAACUUUCAAGACACGAGAGUAACGGUAAUAUAUACAUCCUGCUUACGCUAUGGUCAUUCUCAGUAACCAAUGCGAGUGAAGUUUUGAUUAAUGAUUGUGAAAGAUUAUUUUCUCUGUUGGACAGAGGAGAAAAGCUACUAAUGUUUAAGCUGUGCCAUUUUUAACCUUAUCAUUAUACUCUUCUUAACAUAUGAGAAACUAUUACUUGAAUUUUAUAGGUAAAUGAUGUCGUUUCAGGUGGGCCACAUGUGGUGUAGUUGUACGUGGGUUUGCAGGACUAAACAUACUACUGAAGAAAGUGUCUGUAGGCUUGUUACUAAUAUUAUGUAGAAACUAACUAUGAACCAAAUCAAGGAUGUAUGAUCCUGUUAAAUUCAUUCUUUAGAAUAACAAAGUAGAAGUUGCUACUGAUUCUUUUGUGAAGUGUGCUUGAAUUGACCAAAUUGAUCACUUGCAAGAUCAUUUGUGGUUAAAUUGAGGACUUUUUUAAGGAAAAGUCAAAAAGGUGAAACAGCAGAUGAAUUGCAUAUUUUAUUGUACACUGGCUAAUCUACUGUACUGCUGUAACUUUAAAGAAGUGUAAUAAUUGUGUAUGAAUGCGGCUGCGUGUGCAUGUGAGUACAGGUGUGUGUGUUACGGUGGAUGGGGUGUGUGUGCCAGUGAGUCCGUCUGUUUAGACUCACUGUCUGUUUGCCUCUCCUGAACAGCUCUCAUGAAGCCUUAAGUAUUCGGUCCUUGGACUUUCCUUUGAAAACAAGCAUGAUUAUAAUAAAGGUAUAAUGAUUCUGAUUUUGAAAAAUAGACUAUAAAGGAACAGCAUUUUUCCUUGUUUAUUUUUAUUAACUCAAGUUUUUGUUGAAUAGAAAAGCAAUUCUUUAGAAUUACUUUAUAAAUGUAAACAAAGAAAUAAAGAAUAUUUUAUUGUUAUGUUUUAUAGCUGUGUGUAGUACUGGGCUGUAACAAAAUCUUUUUAUUCCAAGUUUCAAAGCUUCAGUUUUGCAAUUUGUGCUAUUUAUAAUUCUGAACUAGAUUUUUUCUCAUUAUUUAAAUCUUUUUUUUUUGGCAAUUUCUGUGAAAUGGAGGAAGCUUUUAGAAGUCUUUCUCGUAUCUGUCACUCUGUGGCUGUCGAUUGAAUGUGUGGCAAGAAUCUGAUGAGUAUGAGAGUUGUGCUACUCAUUUUUUGUAAUAUUGUAAUAAAAUAAAGUUCUAAUUUAU